UUGGCGGAGGCGCAUCUUGCGUAGUUGGCCGCUUGGGUGACUUCUUGACAGCUCUUUCCAUGGAAGGAGACGAGGGCUGCGAUAUGCCUUCAACCAGCCAGGCAGGAGAGGUGAAGACGGAUGUUCCUCAGAAGGAAGACAUUCUUCUUUUGGCCGAUGAAAAAUUUGAUUUUGAUCUUUCACUGUCUUCUUCAAGUGCCAAUGAAGAUGAUGAAGUCUUUUUUGGACCUUGUGGACAUAGAGAAAGAUGUAUUGCUGCUAGUUUAGAAUCAAAUAAUCGAAUUCCUGACCCACCUCCUUUGCCAGCAUCUGACAGUCACUUUACGUGGAGCCCUCUCACUGGGGAGAAGUUUGUGGAAGUGUAUAAAGAAGCUCACUUAUUGGCUUUACAGAUAGAAAAUAAUAGCAGAAGCAAGGCGGCCCAAGAUGCCAAGCCCAAAGACCCUUGGAGCCAGGAUGUGGAAAGAUUCAUACAGGAAUCAAAAUUAAAAAUAAACCUCUUUGAGAAAGAAAAGGAAAUGAAGAAAAGUCCCAAGUCACUGAAAAGGGAGACGUACUGCCUGGCAGACAGCCCUUUGAUGGGGCCACCCUUGGGCAAGCCUCCGCUCCCGGACUCCUCCCCUGCCCUGCCAAGCUCUCCUGCCCAGGCUGCCCUCACCCAGAUGCAGGGACCACCACACUCUGCUCGUCCUUUGUCAGGGAGAUCAAGCUCUGCUCACCCUUUGAAUCAGGCAGCACUUCAGAAAAAGUUCACCAACAAAUUGCAGCUGCCCCGAGCUUCAGCUGUUAGAGGAAGAAACAUCCACAUGGCCAUGGAGAAGCCCAAGAAAGAGAUACCAGCUAGUCCUUCCAGGGUGAAAAUCCUAACUGAAAAGGAAUCCCAUAAGGACGUGCUCCCUGAUAAACCUGUUCUGGAUGCUGCCAGUGUGCCAGCCACGGGAAGCCAUUUGGUCCAAGGGAAGCGAUCGCUCCCUGUUCUAAAUAAGUUGGGGCCGAAGAAGACCCUGUUAAGACCACCUGGCUCUACCAGCAGUCUCACAAGGAAACCCUCCUCCUCAGGGUCUGUUUCAAAGGGAGCAUCCACUGUUUGUGUGUCCCCAGCAGAAGGCAAAGCUAAAUCAAGUGAAUUUUCAAGUAUUCCUGCAAGCAAUUCCCGGCCACUGUCAAAAAUCAGCAAAUCAGGCAGAACGGGACCCGCCACGCAGCGGCAGUCUCUGCCAGCAGGCCCUGUGGGUGCAUCCUGCAAGCAAGCCAAGUGGGCUGAUACUGCUGAGCUGACAGCCGAGCCACCCACGGCACCCCCAGCAGCUUCUCCCACCCAACCCCACACUCCGGAAAGUGGAGGCCAGAGGCUGAACUCUAAUUCCGUUUUGUCAGAAUCUUCUCAAUUGAAUAAGACUAGAAGCAUAAGAAGGCGAGAUUCCUAUCUAAAUUCCAAGACAAAAAUUAUGCCUACAUCUCCAAGUCAAUUUAAAAUUCCUAAGUUUUCUAUUGGUGAAUCCCCAGACAGCACAACACCAAGGCUUUCACGGGCACAAAGGCCACAGUCGUGCACGUCAGUUGGCAGGCUUGUUGUCCACAGCACUCCUGCUAGACAUUCGUCAGAGCCAGCUCCGCAGAGUCUGGUGAGCAGCUCAUGGACCCCCCUGAGCACGAGACGUGUUUCAGCCUUGCCCACACCUGCCAGCCGGCGCCUCUCUAGCAUUCCAUUAAUAACCCCUAAAACCAUGCCCAGGGCUGUGGCUUCUCCCCUGUGUGUGCCUGCUCGGCAGCUCUCUUCUGAGCCCCGGAAAAAAUCUACAUCAAGAACUGAACCAACAAGGGAAAGCAACAGAAAGAUUGAUUCCAGGCAGGCAGACUUGUCACCUGAUGGAAGUUUUUCUCCUCCAUCCAAUGUGCCUCAGGCACUUAACUUUUCUCCAGAAAAAAAUGACUUGACUUGUUCAAAAAGCACCACUGCAGAAGCAACUCUGGAUGAAGCAAAGCCAUGUGCAGACACACCCCCUAAGGAGGCUCUUCUCAUAGAUAUCAAACUGGAUCCACUUGCCGGCGCUCCAAAAACUGAAAGCAAACCCCUCACUGACCUUCUUCUCAUCGACUUCUGCAGUACUCCAGAAGCCACUGUGGCUGUGAGAUCUGAAAGCAGACCUCUGAUCGACCUCAUGAUGAACACUCCAGACAUGAUUACAAAUGUUGUGGCAAAACCUUUACCGGCGGUAGGACAGCUCAUAGACCUGGGCUCCCCUCUGAUCCUGCUGAGCCCUGAGGCUGACAAGGAAAACGUGGACUCACCACUCCUCAAGUUCUGAGCAGAAUAAAAGCCUUUGCCUUUUACUCUCUGUUAAAAGAGCAAUCCUAAAGUGGUUUUCAACCCUUAGAAACACACUUUAGUAGAAAUUUUAUUUGAAAAAGCGAAAAGCCUACAUAUAUUUUCUGUGCUGGAGGGAGUGGGCUGAGGGAUUGGGGGUCAGAGCUGAUGGCCUGGGGUCUCCACUGCCAGCAGCCGCCCUCUUCCCUGCCUCUCACUGGCUGGAAUGCAAAGGCGAAGUCGCUCUAAGUUAAGAAUUUUGUUUUGAAUCUUUUGUAUGUAAAAUAGCAAAUAGCUGUUUUUAAAGUUAAAUUUGUAUGAAAAGUUAAAUAUUCUAGAUUUAUGUUAAAUUGUAAAAU